AUGAGAACAUGUGAAGAUCAUAAUGCUAUUGAUUGUCAUAACAAUGAAGGUUGUUAUUUAGAUUAAGAAAAUAAUUGUCAAGAAUUAUAAAGAUGUAGUUAAAUUAAUUAAGAUAUUUAUGGGGAUUAAGUAAUUAAUAUUUGUAAUAAAUCAUCUGUUGGAGGUUUUAAAUGUAAUUGGUAGAAAUAACAACUAACAGAUGAUACUGAAAGAUGUACUAAUAAAGUUUGCUAGUAUUUAUUUAUAUAUUUAUAAUUAGAAUUUAUGGUGCUUCUUAAACUAUUUGUUAAGGAAAUGAAAUUAAUGGAUAUUCUUGUGUAUAUUUUGAUGAUUUAGUUUGUAGAUAAUGUGAAUAAAUUACUGAAUAAUGUAUAUGCAAUUAAUAAAAAAAUGUUUGCAUUUAUAAUAAUGGAAAAUGUAAAUCUAUUUUAUGUUCUUCAUUUUUAACUAAAGAAAAUUGUAAUUAAGCUAUCGAUAGAUGUUAUUGGAGCAUUUAAAAAGAUGUAAAUAAUGUAUAAUAAGGUAUUUGUGUAAAAGAAUGUGGUAAAAUCUUAAAUGAAGAUGAUUGUAAUAGUAGAAUAAAUGAAUGUUAUUUUGAUAAUUAAAAUGGAUUAUGUAUAAAAGGAAAGAAAGAAAUUCCUGAUUUGAGUUCUGAAAUUUAUAUAGAGGAAUUCUAUUCAAUAAUACUUACAAUAUUCAUAUGUGUGAAUAUGAUUAUUUAUGUAUGA